GAGCUAGUCAGGCAGCAUGGAUUCUCCAGAAAGCCAGGGUGGCCCUGGCAGUGGCAAUAAUAAGGAACAGGCCCCCGAGUAUGAGUGGCAGAGAGCACGCUGAGGCUUUAGGCUGCAAGCUGAGGACUCAGGAUGAAAGCUGGAAGAAGAAAGCCCAGGAGCUGCAGCAGGAGGUGCUGAGUCUGCGUCAGGAAUCACUGAUCAACAGAGUGACGUCCAACACAAAGAGCUCCACUGAGGCAGCAGGUCAGGACAGCUCAAUGGACGUUUCUCAGGAUCUGUUUGGUCCAGGUAGUGUGGUGCUCAGCUCAGACCUUCAACCAGGCUUUGACUCAGAGACCCCUGAACUCAUGCUGGAGGACCCACAACCUGCCAUCACUCCCCCUCCGCCUCCCGUCCCCUCCAGUCUUCAGAAAACUCCUCGCACUAGAGCCGUCCUCCCUCAUGUACACUUCCUGCAGUCUCUGUGCGCUCUGCACCGAGUAGAGGGGGACAGCAGAGGUCUGGAGUCGCUCUGGUUCUGCUCAGACGGGGACGCAGGGUCGGUGCUGGUGGACUCUGUGUGCCUGCUCCUUGACUCGGUGGUGUCGGCGUGCAGGGAUCCCCCUCCGCUGGGACCUGCCGACCUCGUCCUGCAGGGCUGCCAGGUGGCGGCUCGGGCCAUGGACCUGUUCUGCUCCCAGAGGCUGCCGUCUGCGGAGUUCAUGAGACGGGUGGAGGAGUCACUGAGGGAGCUGACGGUGAUGCUGCUGCACAGUCAUCAGAGCAGCCGGCUCCAGGCUGCAGAGAAGCUGAUGGAGUACCUGAUCACGCUGGGAAGUUGCAGCAUGUCAAAGUCCUUUCUCAUCCGUCACAUCCUCUCUGAAAUCAGCUCAGUGGCUGAUCAGCUCUGGCAGGCCUUCCAGGACCAGGAGAGCUCAGGGUUGGACAGGUUUCCAGUGGACCAGUAUCAGAACUCGUGCUUCCUGUUCGGGGUCGUGGAGGAGCUCCUGCUGAGGUCAAAGGUACCGUGUCGGGUGGAGGUGGGGUCGGAUCAGUCGGGCUUCCUGAGUCACUUGGAACAGCACGUCUUUCUGCUGUCCAACGAGUUUCCUUUGUUUUCCAUCUUCAUGUGGAGGAUAGGAGGUCUGCUCACCUCCUCGGACUCAUGAGAUCUCCUGAACAGGGACACUACGUUCAGAUUUUUAAUACUUACACCACAGGACGACCAAACAAUAGAUGAACUCAGCUGGCAAGGAUCUAAAACCACCAACGCAGUGGA